AUGCAGGCUCUACAGGUACUGUCUCUGACCCUUCUCUCUGCCCUGGUGGCCAACGCCCAGGUCAUCCAUCCAGGAAGAUGCCCUGUUCCUCCAGUCAAGGAGAACUUUGAUGUCACCAGUUACAUGGGCCGGUGGUAUGAGAUCCAGAAGCUCCCCUCCUUCUUCCAGAAAGGCGAGUGUGGUCAGGCUACCUACACACUGGGUGAUGGGGUCGUGCAGGUCCUGAACGCUGAGCUGCUGGAUGAUGGCACUGUCAGUCAGAUUGAGGGCACUGCCAAGGUCGUGGAUGCUGCUCAGCCCGCCAAGCUGGCUGUUACUUUCUUCCCAGGAACCCCUCCUGGUCCUUACUGGGUCCUGGACACCGACUAUGACAACUACGCCCUUGUCUACGGCUGCGAGAACUACGGCGGUCUGUUCUACGCUGACUUCGCCUGGAUCCUGAGUCGUACCCCCUCCCUCCCCGCGGAGACCAUUGAGCAAGUGCACAACACGCUGACCUCCAACAACAUCAAGAUCAACAAGAUGACCAUCACUGACCACAGCUCCUGUGACGCCAUGCCUCAGUAA